GGAUUAAGAUGAUGCUUGUAAAAGUCUUAGCACAACGACGUAAUCUUAUCAAACAAUGAAUAAGAAUGACGACGAGCGAUGAAUGAAUAAUUAUAUUCCAAUCAAUCAACCAUAUUCAUUACAUUCAAUUUUCCAUUCCCACUACGAUUUACAAUCAUGAUCCUUCCCGCCACACUCUUCCCCUUGCUAUUAUUGCUCAUCCUUAGCUCCAAUCUUGCCCAAUCAAAACCCUCCAUCAACGUAACCCCAACAACCCUAACCAAAUCCGGCGACACCGUCGAAAUACGGUGGUCAGGUAUCGAAUCACCAUCAGACCUAGACUGGGUAGGAAUCUACUCUCCACCAACUUCCUCCCACGACAAUUUCAUCGGAUACCUCUUCCUCUCAAAAUCCCCAACAUGGCAAUCCGGUUCAGGCUCCCUUUCCCUCCCUCUCGUCAACCUCCGAUCCAACUACUCCUUCCGUAUAUUCCGUUGGACUCGAUCCGAAAUCAACCCUAAACGUAAAGACCAUGACAACAACCCCUUACCGCAAACGCGCAACCUCCUCGGUUUUUCUCAAGAGGUUUCGUUCGUUUCGGGUCGGGGACCCGAUCAGAUCCAUUUGUCGUUUUCAGAUCAAGAGGAUGCGAUGCGGGUUAUGUAUGUGACGUGGGACCCGAAGGAGAGUUAUGUUAAGUACGGGGAGAGAGAGGAGAAGAUGGAAGGUUUGGUUGUCGCACGUGCGAAGAGGUAUGAGAGGGAGCACAUGUGUGAUGCUCCUGCUAAUCAAAGCGUAGGUUGGAGGGAUCCUGGUUAUAUACACGAUGCGUUGAUCACUGGUUUGAAAAAAGGAAAGAGAUACUAUUACAAGGUUGGAAAUGAUAAUGGAGGUUGGAGUGCAACUCAUAGCUUUGUGUCGAGGAAUAGUGAUUCGAAUGAAACAAUAGCUUUUCUUUUUGGUGACAUGGGAACAGCUACACCAUACAAUACGUUUUUGCGUACACAAGAUGAAAGCAUAUCAACCAUGAAGUGGAUCCUCCGUGAUGUUGAAGCUCUAGGAGACAAGCCUUCCUUUGUGUCACACAUUGGAGACAUUAGUUAUGCAAGAGGUUAUGCGUGGUUGUGGGACCAUUUUUUCGCGCAGAUUGAACCUGUUGCAACCAAAGUGGCAUACCAUGUAUGCAUCGGCAACCAUGAGUAUGACUGGCCUUUACAGCCAUGGAAACCUGAUUGGGCUAAUUAUGGAAAAGAUGGGGGUGGUGAGUGUGGUGUACCCUACAGUUUAAGGUUCAACAUGCCUGGAAACUCUUCAGAACCCACUGGAACUGUAGCUCCAGCAACUCGAAAUCUGUAUUACUCAUUUGAUGUGGGAGCAGUACAUUUUGUGUAUAUAUCCACAGAGACCAAUUUCCUUCCUGGGAGCAACCAGUAUAACUUCUUAAAGCAUGAUUUGGAAUCAGUUGACAGGAGCAAGACUCCUUUUGUAGUAGUCCAAGGGCACCGACCCAUGUACACAACAAGCAAUGAAGUUAGGGAUGCACAAUUAAGAGGAAAAAUGCUUGAGCACCUAGAACCUCUAUUGGUGAAUAACAAUGUGACCCUUGCCCUUUGGGGUCAUGUUCAUAGAUAUGAGAAAUUUUGUCCUUUGAAUAACUACACUUGCGGAAAUAGUGUGGGCCGGAAAGCAGGGGAUAAAGAAGGAUAUACCGUUCAUCUUGUGAUUGGCAUGGCAGGGCAAGACUGGCAACCCAUCUGGGAACCAAGACCGGAUCAUCCCAAUGACCCAAUCUUUCCACAACCAACACGAUCUCUGUACCGUGCGGGUGAGUUUGGGUACAUUAGACUGGUGGCUACAAAGCAGAAGCUCGUGAUUUCUUAUGUUGGAAACCAUGAUGGUCAAGUGCAUGACACAAUGGAAAUUUUGAGAUCUGGAGAAGUUGUCAAUGGUAAUGGUAAUGGCAAUGGUGGUAUUGAUAGUGCUAAACCUGAAGUUCAGAUUGAAGAAUCCACAUUGUCGUGGUAUGUCCAGGGAGGAAGUGUUUUGGUGCUUGGGGCCUUUAUGGGCUACAUUCUUGGUUUCAUUUCACGUGCCAGGAAGCAACCUGAGUCUAGGAGUGGUUUUACUCCCGUGAAGACCGAGGAAACAUGAUUAGUUUAUUACAGUUUACCUCUUUUUUUUAUAGGGGACGGCGAAGGUUAGGAAUUUAGUAUCACUUGAUAUUUGUUUGAUAAAAACACCCGAGUUGCAACCUGAUAUACUUGUAUACUUGGGGACUUAUGUUUGUACAUAUUGUAAUUUUUCUCUCUGCACUGUGCCAUUUAAGGCAUCCCUACAAGCUCUUGUAUAAUAUUCAAUUUAAGUGAUCUAUGGAUGAGAAAGCAUACUACUAAAACAAAAGAAUGUGCUAAGAUUAAGGCUACAGUAAUUAUUGAAAUAUACAAAUUUCUUUACCCCUUUUA